GCAGCGCCGACAUUGAGGCGCGACUGUACCAAGCGGGAGGGGUUCGUCCGUUCGCGGCCUGUCCUCAGGAAGGCCCGGGGUGCCGAGUGCUGGUGCUGGGGUGCGGGGUCUUAUGCAGCUUGAUAUUGGCCAGUGUUGAAGGCACCUUUGGUGGAAAUUUAUUUUUGUGCCUCUAGCUUCAAGCAAUCUCAAGUCUUUUGUCAUGAAGCCCAACUACUGGACAAAGGGGUCAAUUUUUACCACUUUCUUUUUGUGUUCCAUCAUUUGUGUUCUCCUUUGUUCUGCAUUAGCCGACAGAUUUUUGGGCUACAUCAACGGCAGAACGGAAUAUCACCAAGGAAUCAAAUGGAAAUAUUAACUUUGGCCUGUUCAAUGGCAAAAAGGUGCUGGAUUCUGGCCUUGGUAAAAGAACAUAUGCCAUCAAAGUGGUGUGCUUGAAGGACCACAAUGUCUGCAUGUUCAGCUGCGCCACCUCCCCGGAGGAUCGGCGCUCUGACCUCGAGGACCUGGUGGCUGGCAACAGCACCCUGAAUGUCAACUGCACCAGCGACGCCAGCGUGGGCAGCGUGGGUGCCGCGUGGCCGCCGUCUGCCGGCGGCCCGCUCGGCCUGGUGUUGCAGCUGCCGCCAGCCAUAAAGCCUCCGCCCGCCAUCAGGAGGCCGACUACUCUGGAGCUGGAGGUUGACGAUGUUACCGAGCUACCGAAGACCCAGCCCGAUUUCAUGGUCUACGGCCUCUGGAUAGCGACCAUUGUCAUGAUGGGCGCUGCCAUCGUAUUCGUCCUCGUGGCCGCCAUGUUUGCCAUCCUCAACACCGCUACAAACCCGGUGGAGACGCUGACCGGUGUCGUCGGCCUUUAUGUCUGGAAUGGCAUUGCAAUGUUUUUCGAGUUUCUGGUGCUGGUGCUGUGGGGCGUACAGUUCCACCAGCACCUGCGACACAACAUGCUGUGGAGGGACGAGAUCGAACAGGCGUGGUCCACCGAAGGCAUGGCCAGCCUCGGCUACUCCUACUGGCUGGUGUUUGUCGCCAUGAUUUUGCACGCCGUGAACAUGGCCAUCCUGUGGUUCGGCACGCACCAGAAGCGACCGAAGAAGGUGCAGAUUCCCAUAGAGCGGGGCAACACCAACGCCGUCAACAUGAUCUACUAGAGCUCUCCCUAGCCGCGCCGGCGGCGGCAGCGAGCAAGCCAGAUGGGUGGGCCGUUGUCGCGGAUGUCUGGAGAUGACACCGGCAUUGGCGGUGCCUGUCCCCAUCCAUGGUAGUGUGACACAGACCACGCUCUCGAAGCAUGAUCAGCUUCGUGUACAUAAUACAACCGGUCGGUUUAAGGGAAUGGACGCAUGUUCAACAUUCCAAGUUAAUGACAGGCCGAUGUUGGUCACAAUACUCUCACAUGCAUUCCUGUCAAAGCCUCGUGUAAUUUGGAAGAUGCUGUUCCUCGCCUCGGUCCUGGUGCGCGACGUAGACGUGUUGCGACCUGCCCCUCCGGAGCGGUCCCGCCGCGUCCCAUCUGGCGUCGGCCCGAGCAGCCGGCCCGGAGCCGGCCGUGCACCCAUUCCCGGCCUGUCGGGCCAUCGCCGGCGGUGGCGAGCGACAGCUGGUCCAGAACCGGCCGUGUACCGAGCCCCGGCCUGUCGGGCCGUCGCCGGCGGUGGGGAACGACGGCUGGUCCAGAACUGGCCGUGUACCGAGCCCCGGCCUGUUGGGCCGUCGCCGUUGGGUCGAUGGCGCUCGCGAGCGGCCGGCCCGCCCCCUGCCCCCGUCUGUCGCCCAUAUCCUCUAGCGUUGAUGCUUGUGUUGAGUGGCCAGUGGCUGGUCGACGCUGGGCAGGUCCUUCGUCCGCCUGCGCGCCCGUACCUCCACCUGCUGACCGCCACAGGGAAGCCGAUGCUGCCAUUGGUGCGCAUUCCAACAUCAGAGAACAUUCUGUCAGCUUUACGGAUGCUUCGUUACAAUGGUCUUGGUUCAGGUGCCUUCCGUGAUGUUGAAAUCAAAUAUCGUUGACACACAUCGCAUUGGACAGGCGCCCGGUGCCUUGGAUAAAUCAGUGAAUGUCAAUGCCUGUGGACCAAUUGCGCCGCGCAAGUACACUGCAGCUGCCCAGGCCUAUUGGCCAUCCGGUGUGUUCUCUGUCAGUUUCUUAAAGUGUUUACCGGUCGCCCGGUUGUCUUGUGUCUGCUGCCAAAGCUUCCUGUAAUUUGUGCCUUGAUAACGGGGCUGUCUGAUGCUAAGCCUAAGCUGUGUUGGUAAGUCAAGCGGUGUACGGUGUGAAAAAACUUGUCUGGGAACACUCUGAACUGGCCUAUGCUCACUCUGCAGGCAAGAAACAACUUUCCAUCCAACCGCUUGUUUUUUUAAAGACGUAUGGCUUAAUUCAGUAGCGAAGACGUAUGCGCACGUGUCUGGGAGUGGGCCAGUGAGCUCCAAAGUUCAAGCAGAUGAUUUGUGCGUUUUGGCGUGUUUUCAUCCAUUGCAGGCUCUUAUUUAUCCUUCGGUAGUGUUUUGAGUGAAAAGAGUUUUGCGACGUAGCUCCGGUAGGGGGUCGCAUGUGACAAUGACUCUUCGUUACCUCCUGUUUUAUGUCUACAAUGUCCUGUCACUGCGUUUGUAAUGUUUUCUGGAUGCGGUGUCUGGUAAAAGAUCAUGAUGCCCCGCCAUGGAUGCUGUUUGAGUGCGGCCGUUGUACUCGUUCUAUCGGGCGAAACGUCAGCAAGGUGUCAAUCUGUGUGUGCGUCACCACCGAGGGUCCAAUCAGCGCCAAACGUGGCGUCCAUGCUUGUGCAGUAGUGAUUUGUGGGUGACCCGUAGAUACAGUGCCCGCCAGCUGAUCCGGUGAGUUAUCGACGCGUCGCUGUUCAAUGAGACGUGUUUCUGGUAAUAAACUCCAGAAAUGUG